AUGAGCAUAUCAACAACUUGUGAAUUCGAUCAUUCUAAUAAAACCUUGCAUCGGAAAUUCAAGAGUUUACACUUUAAAACCAAGUAAGAUCCCCUUAUCACCAUUAAACCAUUCGAAACUCGAAAUCACGGACACCAAUUUCAACGCAAUUUCUCUCAUUACCUCAAAGGAGAUCUCAAUGUCUCCAGUCUUAUCCAAACUCUUAAUUAUCCCAGACUGACAGCAGAGAAACAGAACCCACGCAAAGAGGAAGGAUCUCUAAAAAUGCGUCAGUAAACAGAAUAGAGAAGGAACUAUCUAAAGAGUAAACUCCUAAAAGUUCAGAAUCUCAUCAAAGACAAAGUGGCCAUCAAAAAACCCCACAACGAAGAGAUGCGAUAAGGAAAUGCGCAGACCUUAGCCAUCGUGUAGACCAUAUUGGAUAUCGCCAAUCAUCAAGAAAACACAAUAAGUUACCAAAAGAAAUUGAUGCCAAAAUCAAAGAGUCUAAAACAAUACAGACUCAAUUAUGACGAUGUUGAAUCUGUCAGCAAAAUGCAACGAGAUUUUAUUGAUGCCAUCCCUCCCAGACAAUAUCUGAAGUCCGUAUUGGAGAAUAAUGCCUAGUUGUACUUAUAGGAAUUGCAAUCCAGAGCAGAACAGCACGAGAACAAUAUCAAUAAACUAGUGCGUUUAAACAUCCAGAACAAAAAGAAGGACUUCACCUUGUUUCAUAAAGCUGCCAAAACAGACAGGAGAAAUCAAGAUGGCAUCCUCACAAUUGGCGAUGUGCAACUCUACGAUUAUCUCUAUAACAAUCCCUAAGGUGUUAGGAUUCAAAAGCAUCCCAAAUACAUUCAAAAUGUCAUCGACUCUGGAGUUGAUUUUCGUUAGAAUUUAACAAGACGACUCCUUAGCACUCGAGAUAAAAAAACUCAUUACAAUCAGGAUCCUCCAGAAAACUCAGAUGACUCUUGUGCUUCUUCCCUGCAAUCAGCUUGCGAGAUUAAGUUGGAUAACUAUUACGAAGAAACCAGAGAGUGGAAACGCAAGCAAUACUUACAAUUACCCAGACGUAUUAAACAAUUGAUCGCCUUGGAAGAAUUAAAUUAGUAAUUACUAUUUUAUCAAUUAGGAAAGCCGUCCACACAACAGUUAAUAAAUUGUAAUCUAAAUCAUGA